GCGCGGCGCGUAGGCGGAGCCGCCGACGGGCUCACGUUAGUGUGGUUUGUAGCGGAAUAAAUACCCUGCGACCUCUGGAUUCAAACACACCGCGGUUUCCUCUCAUCUCGGGCCGAGAGGAAGAAGGGAUUCUAGCAGGUUUAUUCUGCGUGCACGUGUAUGUAUGUAUGCAUGCGCGUAUGCGUGUUCUCUUACACUGCGAGAAGUUUUGAACGCGGACUUGUAGUUCUCGGCUGGGCUGACUGAGCUAACCCGGCUGCCCGCUGCGCUUCCCUCCUGGCCGGAGCCGGCCAGCCGUAAGCUCCCCCCGCCGACCUGCUCUUCCCCGCGGCCAAGCAUGGCGCUCAAAGCCCGGGCGCUGUACGACUUCAACUCGGAGAACCCCGGGGAGGUGUCGAUGGUGGAGAACGAGGUCCUGACUCUGUACAGCGAGCAGGACAUCGACGGCUGGUUCGAGGGGGUCAACGGCAGAGGGGAGAGGGGACUGUUCCCCGCGUCCUACGUGGAGGUCCUGCGCAACGACGCCGCCUCCGCGCUCAACAACAACAACAGCGGCGGCGGCGGCGGCGGCGGCGGCGGCACAUCUGGGGACACUUACCCGGAAUCCAGGUACUCCAACAUCCUACCGGGAGGGUUUGACGGCUCAAAUAAGCCCCAGAAUAAAGUCGAGAACUUUCCCAAGCCGCCCGUGCCCAGCUUUUCCACUUCCUCGGCUCCCACGCAGCAACAGAACACUUACCAGCAACCCAGCCAGGGGAGCGACGAUGACUGGGACGACGAGUGGGACGACAGCUCGACUGUUGCGGACGAGCCGGGCACUGCGGGAGGAAGGUACCGUGACUUUGAGGGAAACGGGCCGUCCAUCUACACAAUGUCGACCUCCUCCACGUCGAGGGGUAAUGCUCAGCAGGCAAAGGGCUCCGCCAACGUCAGUAGGAACCUGAACCGGUUCUCAACUUUCGUGAAGUCCGGAGGAGAGGCGUUCGUGCUCGGCGAGGCGUCGGGCUUCGUGAAGGACGGGGAUAAGAUCUGCGUGGUGCUGGGCCAGCACGGCCCCGAGUGGCAGGAGAACCCGUACCCAUUCGCGUGCACAAUCGACGACCCCACCAAGCAGACCAAGUUCAAGGGCAUGAAGAGCUACAUCUCCUACAAGCUGACGCCCACGCACACGCAGACCCAGGUGAACCGCAGGUACAAGCACUUCGACUGGCUGUACGCGCGGCUGGUGGAGAAGUUCCCCGUCAUCUCGGUGCCGCACAUCCCGGAGAAGCAGGCCACCGGCCGCUUCGAGGAGGACUUCAUCUCCAAGCGCAAGAAGGGCCUCACGUGGUGGAUGAACCACAUGACGAGCCACCCGGUGCUGGCCCGGUGCGACGUCUUCCAGCACUUCCUCCGCUGCAACAGCGCCGACGAGAAGGCCUGGAAGCAGGGCAAGAGGAAGGCGGAGAGGGACGAGAUGGUGGGAGCCAACUUCUUCCUCACCAUCAGCACCCCCGCGGCGCCGCUCGACUUCCAGGAGGUCGAGAGCAAGAUCGACGGGUUCAAGAGCUUUACCAAGCGGAUGGACGAGUCCGCGCUGCAGCUCAGCGCCACCGCCAACGAGUUCGCCCGCAAGCAGAUCGCCGGCUUCCGGAAGGAGUACCAGAAGGUGGGGCUCUCCUUCAAGGUGCUCGGCCAAGCCUUCGAGAUGGACCAGCAGACGUACUCCGUCGGCCUCAACCAGGCCAUCUCCUUCACCGGGGACGCGUACGAGGCCGUCGGGGAGUACUUCGCCGAGCAGCCCGCCAAGGACCUAGACCCCAUCAUGGAUCUGUUAGCGCUGUAUCAAGGACACCUGGCGAACUACCCAGACAUCAUCCACGUGCAGAAAGGAGCCCUGACCAAGGUGAAAGAGAGCCAGAAGCACGUGGAGGAGGGAAAGAUGGACCGCGCGCAGGCCGAGGGCAUCGACGAGCGCUGCAACAUCAUCUCCUGCGCCACGCUGGCUGAGAUCCAGCACUUCCACCAGAUCCGCGUGCGCGACUUCAAGGCCCAGAUGCAGCACCACCUGCGGCAGCAGAUCGCCUUCUUCCAGAAGAUCACGGGCAAGCUGGAGGAGGCCCUGCACAAAUACGACGACGCGUAGCGGGGGAGCGCUCCAUCCGCCCUCCUUAGUCCUCCGCGCCCAGCGGCCGCAUAGCGCCCCGCGCCUCAGGGCCCCCUCCCCCCCUCCCCCCCGCUCACACAUACUGGUGAAGGCCUUUCAACCAGCCGAUGAGAGAGAAUUUGAAGGGAAAUGCUGCGGUGACAUUGACAUUUCAACCGAAUCCUGGUUGAGUGUUGACCACAUUAUUUUGGGGGGUUCUGGGGGAUGUUCCGGUGUAUGAAAGGACAUUUAAUAGUCGAAUCAGCGGUGAGGAUGGCGCACCGCUUGGCCCGGUGGAUGUGGAGAAUCCGAUGGACGACGUUAGUCUUUCUGAAAGCCUUACAGCACUUUGGUGUGAACUGGCUGCCACUCCAGGAGUAGCGCCGGCACCAGUGGGCAAACACACUUCCUUCUGGAAGAACAGUCGGGCCCUUCCAGGUCUCCCUCAAACAGGGACAAAAUGUUUACUGCCCCCCCCCCCGGAGCCGCUAACCCCACCCCCGUCUCGCUGUGCCUUCAGAUCACACGUUCUUUGUUUCUUCUAGUUACUAAAGAGCUUUACACACUGUAAAUGUAGGAAGAAAUCAAAAAAGACCACUGUACUUUGUCUUCAACAGGAGAUAAUAUUGUUAGACUGUGUUAUUUACCCCCCCCCCCUUCUCCUCAUGAACUGGCCCCAGGAUUGAAGUUUAGCACUCAAAGUGUGGCUGAAUCAGGAUCAAGGGAGGAUGACCUGCUUUGACAAUAGGAGCCUGAGGCCUUACACGUGUGACGGACACAUGCGCUGCCGGAAACCUUCAUUUUGUGUCGACGCGUUGUUUCUUAGGCUGGUGUCUCAGGGGCCACUUCUAGACAGCGCUGCUGUUUCUUGAUUGUUAACCUUUACGAUGUUGAUUGCACCAGAAGCAGAGAAAAUAAAUCCCUCCUUC